GGGUGCAAGUAUUAAAGGGAGAUUGUCCUGCUCCCCGGCGCGGAGGCUUCUUCUUCCUCCUCAUCUUCGAUCUCAAAACCAGUCUCUCGCUCUGCAAUCGACAUUCGUUUUUGGUGCUUCCUUGCGACUUACACUACAACUCACUUAAUACUUACAACAACAACAACAACAACUUAAUCAAUCACGAUGCGUUUCACCGUUGUUCUGUCCGGCCUCUUUGCCGUCCUGGCUGCUGCCGCCUCCGAGUCCGGCUCACCUACUUCUGCUGCUCCGGCUUCUUCUGUCUCUCUCGACCCUGCCCAGCAGUCUCAGUAUAACUGUAUCCAUGCUUGCAAGGCCGGCGAUGUCAACUGCCAGGCUCACUGCAUUGCUGUCCCUUCUCCCGACCAGUCUCAGGUCAACGCCACCACUGCCUGCGUUGCCAAGUGCCCUCAGGGUGACGGCAGCCCUUCCCAGACCAACACCUACAAGCUGUGCGUGAACAAGUGCAUCGCCGACCACUACUUCGUCACCUCCGAGGGCACUCCCUCCCAGACCGGUGCUGCUGGCGACCACGCUGCCUCCAACACUGGCACUGACACCGCUGCUGCUCCCACUGGCUCCUCUGGCUCUGACUCUGGCUCUUCUUCCUCUGGCAACUCUUCUGGCACUGGCACCCGCUCUGGCAGCCCUACCCGAACUGGCGCUGCUGCUACCUCAAGCACCACCAACGCUGCUCCCGCCAUCAUUGCCUCUGGCGGUGCCCUCGCUGGUGUCAUUGCUGCCCUCCUGGCUCUGUAAACUUUGAGAUAUCCCCUUUUGAUUUCAUGUCAUCUUUUUUUCAGUUCGGUUUUGGAUUGGUUAAUGGAAGGGGUUUAAUUCGGGUUUCGGGGAUUUAAUGAUUGGGGUUGUGUAUUUACAUCCGUGGCUGGAUAGGGUAAUAAAAGGUGUCUGUUGGGACAAAAAGAUUCUGCUGCUUCUGUGUCAAGUACCCAACCGUGAUGGAACGUGAAAUUGUAUAAGUCGAUGAAGUUGCCUGUAGGCUCAUUUCUCAUCAUACACACCUGAUAUGUUCUCGAGUGGUUGUUUGAUCCAACAGUCGAGGCAGGUCGGCAUUCUGGCUUGUGCGUCUGGAGCAAUCGUCUGAUGUGGGG